AUGAUCGACGCCGAAGCAGCCCUUCCCGUACCAGAAUCCUCUGUACCCGCAUUCCUUCCCGUCUCUGCGUCUGCCGAACGUGCAACCCUCAAGUCAGAGACACGGCGGAUACCCAUCCCGCCACAUCGCAUGUCGCCGUUGAAGAAGGGCUGGAUCAAUAUAUUCGGGCCGUUGACGGAGUUGCUGGGGCUGCAGGUGCGAAUGAAUGUGCAGAGAAAAUCGGUCGAGAUCCGGACGUCAAAACACACGAAAGAAGUUGGCGCGCUGCAAAAGGGCGCAGACUUUGUCAAGGCAUUUUCUCUUGGCUUUGAUGUCAACGAUGCAAUCGCUCUCCUCCGAUUAGAUGAUCUAUACCUUGACUCGUUCGAGAUCAAGGAUGUCAAGACACUUCACGGAGACCAUCUGUCCCGCGCCAUCGGCCGUAUAGCGGGUCAAGAUGGAAAGACAAAGUUUACAAUCGAAAAUGCUAGCCGGACACGGAUAAUCCUUGCCGACACAAAAAUACACAUCCUUGGAUCGGUCCAAAACAUCAAAAUUGCUCGAGACGCUAUUGUCUCUCUUAUUCUCGGCUCACCUCCUGGAAAAGUGUACGCUGGACUUCGCACUGUCAGCAGUCGCAUGAGGCAGAGGGCCUUGUGA